AUGGGCCGCCGCACACGCGCAUCGCUAGCAGCCUUCAUAGCGUAUGCGGCUGUUGGAGCAUUCGGGGAGAAACCCUUUCGUGUUCAGGACGAUGUGCUUGGAUUUCCGCAGUAUGAGAUACACUUCCCCGACGAAUACGUUCUAGCGGAUGAUGCCUAUCCAAAAUUACAGGAAUCUUUGAUCGCCAGAGCCCAGGGCGCGUCAUCCUCUCCGCCAUCCCACUCACCGACAUCUUCGUCUGUCGCCGGCCAGCAGGGUUAUACUGAGCUGUCACAACAGGUGCUAUCCCGCGAUGGGCCCAAAGGGGAGAAUACCGGUGAACCAGUUUCGCUGCCUGAAACCGAUGGCUCGAUGGAAACCUAUGAAGAAAUGGUCAUAAGUGGCCAGAGGUUCCUUUGCGGCAUCCCUAGAACUCAUACCCCUGCCAACAAUACAACUAGCUCAGAAGGUAGAUCUGAUGCAGACCAAGAAAAGGAAUUGGCAAAAGCGACGGAUAGGGGACUAGAGCUACUCCGAGAUAUGGAAGGACGUUGCAUGUACUAUGCGGCCGGCUGGUGGUCAUAUUCCUUUUGCUACAUGAACCAGGUCCGCCAAUUUCAUGCUUUAUUACCCGGUAGUGGCGCGCCGGUUUAUCCUCCUACCGAGGAUCCAACUACGCAGUCGUACGUACUCGGCAGGUUCCGCAAAGCGAAACCUGACGGAAAACGCGAGAGUCGCAAAAAAUCUACGACGGAGAUUGCGACGCGUCAAGCAGACGGGGACUCCCGGUACCUUGUCCAGUAUCUUGAAGACGGAACACCCUGCGACCUCACGGGAAGAAAUCGGAAGAUCGAAGUUCAAUUCCAUUGCCACCCGCAGUCGACUGAUCACAUUGGCUGGAUUAAAGAGGUGACGACCUGCUCAUACUUGAUGGUGAUUUAUACGCCUCGUCUUUGCAACGAUAUAGCGUUUCAACCUCCCCGGGAAGAUGAGCCCAAUGCCAUCAAAUGCCUAGAAAUUAUUUCCCCUGGGCUGGUUCCUGAGUGGGAAGAUAGAAAACGGGCACGAUUACAGCAAGCACUUAGUGAAUCUGCUUCGGACGCUUUGCCAAUCAUCGGAGAUAUUGAGGUUGGAGCAAUGAAACUUGUGGGCAAAGAAGGAAGGAGAAUCGAAAAGGGUAGGGUUGUAUCUAUUGGAGAGGAGAAAAUUGAAGUUGUCGCAAUAAGUGAAAAGGGAGAGAUACAGCGACUAUCGAAGGAGGAGCUCAAGAAGUAUAAUCUAGAUCCGGAAAAGAUUGAGGCCCUCAAGAAACAGUUGGAAGAAAUAGCAGGUGGCAAAGAUUGGAAAAUGGAGGUAGUGGAUGCGAAUGGACAAAGGGGACUACGCGGAAUCAUUGAGGCGGAUGACGACGAGGAGAGUGACAGCACGCCGAAACCAGGCAAAGACCAAAAGGACUCUAAGAGACAGGGGAAACAAGAAAAGAAGCAAGCCAAAGCGCGGGCAGAUGAGGAUACAGACGCCGCUGAAAACGGGAGCGAUGAAACAUACAAGGAAGAACUCUGA